GUUUUGCAACCUGUUACAGGUGGACUGAAUCAUGCCAUGUUGUUACAGAUAACAAUUUUGCUCUAGCACAGAACCAAAGUAUGGCAACGGCUCAGCAGUGUAGAAGGCUGUGAUAUACAGAAGUGCCUUGCAUGAGCCCAGGCUGUCACCUUGGAACGUUCUGAAUCAAGCAGAGAAAAACUGGGACGCAAUGUCUGUAAAGUCACUGCUGGUACUUUCCGUGGUUUGGGUGUUCUUCUUGGGCUCAGCUUCCAGUGGGAAAGUCCUCGUCUGGCCAGCAGACCACAGCCACUGGAUCAAUUUGAAAUUCAUCAUGCUCGAGCUCAUAGCCAGAGGCCACCAAGUGACUGUCCUACUGCCUUCAUUCUUCCAGAUAACCAACUCCAGUGAAGCUUUCCCUUUUCAAAUUGAAGUGAUACCUGUUCCAUUCUCAAAGGCAGAGAUGGAAGAUAUGUGGCAGGACAUCCUAUAUUUGUGGGUUUAUGGGAGACAUGAACUUUCUUCCUGGGAACUUUUCAGCAGGUUGUCUAACUCAGCAACGGAAAUAAUUCACAGGUACAAAAUUCUCUGUCACUUGGCUGUGACCAACAAGAAACUGCUCGAGAAGAUGGAAUCGGCUGGUUUUGAUGUUCUGAUUUCAGACCCACUCAUCCCUUGUGCAGAACUACUGGCUCAGAAGCUUGGUGUCCCAUUUAUAUACACCUACCGAUUCUCUAUGGGAAACACAGUGGAGCGUCUCUGUGGGACUAUCCCAGCUCCUCCAUCGUAUGUGCCUGCCAGCAUGGGGGAGCUGACAGACAGGAUGUUCUUCAUGGAGCGGGUCCAAAAUGUGUUAUUUUACCUCUUCAAUGAUUUCUUUUUCCAUCAUGUUAUCUAUAAAGACUGGAAUGAGUUCUAUAGUGAUGUUCUAGGGAGACCCACAACAUUAUGUGAAGUAAUGGGGAAAGCGGAGAUCUGGCUGAUCCGAACCUACUGGGACUUUGAAUUUCCUCGGCCUUUCCUGCCAAAUUUUGAGUUUGUGGGGGGUCUGCACUGUCAGCCAGCCAAGCCUUUGCCUGAGGAAAUGGAAGAAUUUGUCCAAAGUUCAGAAGAGCAUGGCAUUGUGGUAUUCUCUCUGGGCUCAUUGAUUCAAAACUUAACAGAGGAAAAGGGUAACAUGGUUGCUUUGGCACUCAGCCAACUUCCACAGAAGGUUCUUUGGCGCUACAAAGGGAAAAAGCCAGAAACAUUAGGAGCCAAUACCAGGCUUUAUGACUGGAUACCACAAAACGACCUUCUGGGACACCCAAAGACCAAAGCCUUUAUAACACAUGGUGGAACCAAUGGGAUUUAUGAAGCCAUUUAUCACGGUAUUCCCAUGGUUGGGAUCCCCAUGUUUGCUGAGCAGCCUGAUAAUGUUGCACACAUGAAGGCAAAAGGAGUGGCGGUACAGCUGGACAUUCAUAGGAUGAAAACUGAAGAUUUAGUGGAUGCCGUGAAUACUGUCAUUCACAAUGUCACAUAUAAGGAAAAUGCAGUAAGGCUAUCGCAGAUCCACCAUGACCAACCGAUGAAGCCGCUGGACCGGGCUGUCUUUUGGAUUGAGUUUGUCAUGCGCCACAAAGGUGCCAAGCACUUGAGAGCAGCUGCCCAUGACUUGACCUGGUACCAGUAUCAUUGCCUGGACGUCAUCGCCUUCUUGAUUGGUUGCACAGCAGUUUUCGUAUUCAUUGCUUUUAAAUGCUGCUCCUUUUGCUGUCGGAAAUGUGGUAGAAUCAUGAAAACAAAAACAGAGUAACUUCUCCUGGGACUCAACCAUCAUUGUAUGACUUGCUCAGGGUUGGGCGUGCUAGAGCAGGUUUAUGAAAGUUGCUUCAAAAGCCUGUUAGCAUUGGGAACUUUCAACUUGAUUGAGUGUUCAACCAAGCCAAUCUUGUUUCUGUCAGUGAUGAUUAGGUUUGGAUUGCUUUUUGUUUUGUUGAGAUGGUUCUGUGAUCUCCAAGGUUGAUCUCCUUAUUUGGAGGCAAGCAGUACCCUAUACAUUUCUCAAAAUGUGUAACUGUUGCUAUAGUUGGAAAUUCCGUAUAUCACACGGUCCUUUUCAAGAGGAUAAACAAUGUUUCUUUCUGAAACACAGCCAUGAAGGCUUCCUGCAGACAUAUGUUACUUAGUGCUUUGGAGUAUGAUCCAGCAGACAUUAGUUCAGGUCUGAGUCUGUUCGGAAUCAACAGAAUAGAAGUGCAAACUUAAAUGCUUAAAUCCCACGUACUGAAUAGUCCACACUGAAGCCGUCUCCCUUUCAGUAGUGACACAGUGAUCUAUAAAAGGGGAGUCAAGAGCUGCCUCACAGAAUGCAUAUAAAUGUUGUAAUUCCCAA